CGCAGCGCGGUGCCGCCCGCGCUGCUGGGCCUCCUUGCGCUCGGCCGAGCUGCCGGCGGCCCGGAGCCCGCGUGCGCCGCGGGAGCGGAGGGCCGCCACGGGCCCGGGCUGGCGCGCCCAGUGCUCGUCUCCAACGACCACGGGCAAGUGCUCGGCGAGUGGCUGAGCCUGGCGUCCGAGGCCUCGCUCCGGGGGCCGCUGGCCGUGCUGCACAUCGACGCGCACGGGGACCUGAACAUCCCCGAGGCGCCCGUGCCUGGGUGGGCCUGGCAGCUGAACGGCUCGCAGCGCCAGGAGCUGGCGGGGACGGCGGACCUGGCGAACUUCCAGCAGGUGGCGGCCUGGGCGGGCCUCGUGGGCCAAGUUGUGUGGAUCAAGCAGGGCGGCGGCGUCGUCGAGCGCAGCUGCCUCGAGCUCCGCUUCGAUCCCGGCUCUGGCCUCUUCGAGGAGGACGUGCUGGAGGAGGGGACGUGGCCAGAGCCUUGCUCGGGCGGCGGUGGCACUGGCGCCGACCGCUACACGAGGUACCUGAGCGUGCUGGAGGUGCCGGAACGCGCGCUGCUCCGCAGCGAGGUCGCGUGGGGCAUUGUGGAGCAGCUGCGCGCCGUCGGGCCGUGGCUCCUGGACGUGGACCUCGACUUCUUCGUCUGGGGUGCCGCGGUGCCCGGGCGGCCGCCCUGGGCCGAAAUCGGGCCGGACUGCCACGCCUGCCUGCGGUGGCCCGAGACUGACUGCGCCUUCUGGCGCCAGGCCAGCGGCCUCGAGGACGCGCGCGGCAGCGCGGCGCCGCCGGCGCCCGCGUCCGCGGAGGGCGGCGGCGAGAGCUGCGCCUGGCAGGCGGCCGCCGCGUGGCGGCAGCUGCCGCAGGCCUCCCGGGGCGCCCUGCACGGGCUCGGCUGGCCCGAGCGGCUGCUGGCGGCUGCGCAGACGCGGCGGGAGCGCGGUGCGGAGGUGCGCGUGGACGCCGCCGUGCUGGGGAACAGCUCCACCGGCUGCGGCGCGUGCUGGAGCCCCUGGCCGGCUCGCCGCCCGCUGUCGUCACCGUCGCCCGGUCGGUGGACUCCUUCGCGCGCAUGGCGGACAUCCCCCUGCUGGAGGCGGCCGCGCUGGAGGCGAUCGGCCAGAUCUGGGGCGCCGGGCCCGCGCCCAGCACUGCGUACGCCGACGGCACCUCGCCCCUCGAGGAGUUGGCCGCGGCCUUCGACGGCCUCCGCGUGUCCGACGACGCCUUUGGCCUCGCGUGGCGCGGCGCGGCGCGCUCCGGGCCCGCUCGCUUUGCCGACGAGCCGCGGGGCGCGGCGAGGCGCCGGGGGGCCGCGGCGCUUCGGUAGGCUCCGCCUCUCACUGCGCGCCGCUCCGCCGCGG